AAACCGGUCACCAUUAAAGUGUGUUUUGAAGUGUUUUUUGUUGUCACUUGAAGUUAAACAGCACGUGCAUUUUGAACUAUAGUAAAAUAAACAUUUUACAUAAGAUGCAAAUGAAACAAAUAUCAAAGCUUCGAAAAAGAACGAAAAUCCAGCUUUUAUAUCAUUUGCGUGUACAGUGUCAAACAGUGUAUUUGACUAUACUUUCGGUUUCGUAGCUUGACUACUCGAAGCAUGGGUAAGGCUGUUGUACACGAUUUAAUCGGCGUUGUUUUCAUUUCAAAGUUGUUUACCGUGCAGCUUAGUUUCACUGUAUCUUUUUUACUAUUGUCUUUUCUAUCAUCAAACCGUGAAAAGGGUAAAUAAUUUGGUCUUGGUAAGGGACAUAUAUCAUUUGGUUAAUGGUCAGGAACCAUAAAGUUCGAGGUUAAUCGUCUUAUGUUGUUUCAUAGUAACAUUUAUAUCCACUUCUCAAUUUAUAUACCCCCACACUCAUUACGACACCUCCCGUCUCUCCCAAAUUUUAGCUUUUACUUUCCUUACACUAACUGAUAUCUGAUAUGUAACACAGAGUAAUCACUAAAUAGUUGACAUAUGCUGGUAUGACCAAAACAUCUCAACAACAUAAUAUUUAUUGGCUACUGUCCAAGCAAUUACAAACAUGAAUCAUUAUGAAUUAUACUUGACUUUUUUGUACGUCCUAUGGAUUUUUAUCAACGAACAUUACUGUAUAAAUAGUUAAUGUGAGAUUACAAACGGGAAUGUGAUAAUUGUUUUAAUAUAUUUACUCACUUAAAGGAUGGAGGUUAAAGGAUAAAAACCGACAUGCUGUGUAUAUCUGCCGUAAAUCGGAGACAAACUUGAAAUUAUCGUGCGUUGUGCACUUUUCUGUCGAUAAUUAAAUCAAAUCUGGGGUGAAAAAGCAACUGAGCUUUAGAAUGAACGGGAUGAUUGUAUGCCCCCAAGUUUAUUGACAGACAUAUGGUAUGGACAUCUGUUUGAACUAUCGGUUGAAAGAAGGGUUUUAUUAUGAAAGGCGAAAUUGAGUGGUGUUUAUCUUCGAAUUCACACGCAAAUAUGAGGUGGAUAUCGGUCGAAAGGAGCUGUGUGUAUCCUUGAACAUUGCAAUCUAGAUACCUAGAUUGAUAACAUUAUAGUGUUACAAGUGAUGGCUUCUAAACUAACACAUAUUUCUGAUAACAAAUUUAACAAUUGGAUAAAGGCUGGAUUGGCCAUACUGAUAACUAAAGAAGGUGUACAACCUUUUGUUGAAGAUGAAAUACAUAAUUUUCAAAUAAAUUGUUUAAGGGAUAUUCGGCAGUGGAAUAACUUGCAGGAAGGUGAAACGUGUACAGUAUGUUCUAUGAAAGACCUAAUGUCAAAGAACUACCGCUGUCCCAAUAACAUUUGUAAUAACUUCAAAGAUAAAAUACAACAAGCUCACCAAUAUCAAGGACCCUCAUUUAAGAACACCGACGUUUCAGAAUGGUGUACCAAUCCUUGGGAAGUUGCUAAAUGCUACAUGCCUCGAGAUGGGUAUAAAGAAGUAAAGAGUGCGGCGAAAACAGACUUUAAUGGCAUCAUGAAUGUAGUCAUCAAUCACUUGGAGGUCAGUUCGAAAAUCAGCCUUCAAGCCUUUGAAAAGGGUAGAGAAGUCAGCAAUGCGAUCAGACAUUCACCAACUCUUGAAAUCGAUGACGAAGACUUACAAAAACAUUUUGACGUCUUUGAAAAUAUACUGACUGACCAAGGCUAUUUAGCAUCUUGCACCUGUGCUCAAAAUGCGCUUGAUAAACUUUUAAAGCUUCGGAAAAAUGCACAUGAUAUUGAAAAAGACUGCAUCAUAAAGAUCCUUGAUGAGAAACAGGUUGCCGAAACAAACGAGCUUAUCUUGCAAUUAUUAAAAGAUACUAAACAAGGCCUCAUUGACAAAACACCACAAACACAGAUAUCUGUACGAACAUUAGAAACAACGCUGUCGUAUGUGACAAAACUUGCAGCUUUGAAAGAAGACCUCAUUACGUUCUACGAAGAAGUAUAUAGCAAUAUUCCAAUUUCACCUCUUGUGUCGGAGAACGACGUUCCAGUAGCAGACUUUUACGUUCAACAAAAGAUGACCCAAGUAGAAUACAACGUAAAAGGAAAGCAUACAAGCCAUCGAACUAAUGUUGAUACAUACGAAGCGAUGUUUAUGAAUGGCUCAAAACUAUGCCGCAACAUAUUAAUCGUGGCAAAAGCAGGCGCCGGGAAAACAACCUUCGCAAAGAGACUCUGUAACGUUUGGUGUUUCGCAAAAAGCCGUGGAGUAAAAGAGCCGCAAAAUUUAUCAGAGUCUGCAGUAACCACACUUAAUAGAUUUGAUAUCGUUUGCCUUUUGUUACUGCGAGACGUUCAAGGGAACGAAUGCGACAUUGAUGAAAUGAUUCAAAAUCAAAUAAUAAAUAAUUUGUCACGAUCACCGGACUAUGAUGAUGCAUUCCUUAAAAAGGUUUUCCACCACCAGACUUGCCUGGUCAUUUUAGAUGGGCUAGACGAAUGGUCACAUCCAAAGUCUUCAAAAUGUCCGAAUGUCAAACCUAUACCACAUCACAAAUCUCGCCCAAUGUGUACAAUACUUUCUACAACAAGACCUUGGAAAAUGUUUGAAUCUGGAAUAUGUAAUAGCAUGAUUGAUAAGUGUAUUGAAUUAGGAGAGUUUGAUGACUCUUCUUCUGACAUUCUGAUCAGUAAUGUUAUAGGUACUUGUACAGAUGCACAGGCAAUUGAAAAGAGAGAAACGAAGGACUUUAAGAGUCAGAUACAAAAACACAACCUUGACUGGUUAAUAUCUACGCCAGUGAUACUCAUUCAGUUAAUAUGUCUCUGGCUAGACAAUAAAACUUUGGGAGAGUCCAAGUGUCAGAUAUACAGUAAUAUAAUCGAUUUCCUUUUAGAACGUGCAGAAGAAAAAUACAAACAGGGAAAAGUUACCAUAACUUCUGUAGAUCAGAGUGAAGGAGAAAAACUCUUUGAACAAUUCAGCUGUUUAAGACAAAAGGAAUUCUGUAAGAAAUACAACUCCUUACUUGUUGCAGUGGGCAAACUUGCCUUCAAAGCUUUAUGCAGUGAAACACGGGAACGUUCUCUCGUCUUUGAGUCAACGUUGGUAAUGAAAACUCUUUCAAAUGAAGAACUGCAUAAUUGCUUGCAAAUUGGAAUUCUGACUGAAAACAAAACAAAUCAUUUAUCUGUACGUGAGAUAAAUUUUUCCUUUAUACACAAGACAUUUCAAGAGUAUUUUUGUGCCCUUUACAUCGCAACAAUAGAAAACAAAACCUGUACCAGUGAUGUCUUAAAGCAAUGUCAGUCCAUCGAAUCGAUUCUUGAACUUUCGGGUGUAUUUGUUUUUCUGAGUGGAGUAUGCCCUAAAGUUUUAAACAAUAUGUAUGUCAAUUUGGCUGAAAUCAUUUCCAAUGACAAGAUUUGCCAAGAUUUCAGACGUAAAGUUUGUACAUCAAUUAACUGGAACACGUUUUACAAAAUAUUGAAGGAUCUCCAAGAUAUGUAUAUUGAUUGCAUCAAAGAGUCGGAAGCUGAAAACACUGAAUCUAUGAACAUUAUCCAGGAAGAUUUCGUCAUCGAUGGAGAUUGUUGUAAGGAAAGUUACGGCGAGCAUUUAAAAGAACUAGUUGGCAUGAACAAAGACAAAAUGAAAUCUGUAAAAAUAUACUAUAAACCAGGAACUGUGAUAAGCUCUUAUAUUGACGACUUCACUUUGAUUGGUGUAAAACAUUUAGACAAACUUGAAAUGAUCGUUGACAAACUAAAUGAUGGGGACUUAGAUUUGCUUUUAUCGGGCUCGACCAACACCUUGAAAUGCUUAUCGGUUUGCAAGGAUAUAGGAAGCCAGAUUGACCCACCAUGUGAAUCGUUAUCAGACAGUUGUGUCAGAACCAUUCAGCAGAUGUCAAAUCUUGAGGCAAUUAUGCUUGAAUGUUUUACAAUAGAUCAUGAACUGCUGCAUAACCUGUUUAGUUUCCUCGAGGAAAAAAGAAAAAUGACAGAGAUUUGUCUAGGAUAUAUCAAAUGCCGUGAUCACGAUUGUCACUGUACUGGUUUCUCACUAGAUCUUUCAAUGCACUCCAGUCUCACCAUGCUUGAAAUAGGCAGUGUGCCGCUAUCAGAUGUUAAACUAAACACACAUUCCUUACAUGAAUGUCGAGUUGGACAUUUCGAUUCUGAAAAUGUAUUGCCAGCUGUUCUCUGCUGCUUAAAGGAAGCGCCGGGUCUGCAGUCAUUGAUGUGUUUUGGAAUAAGUCGUCCUGGCGAAGUAGAAGCUGUACUUAAAACCUUGCCUUCACUAGAAAAAUUACGUGUUCUUGUAAUGAAACGUAUUAAUGUUGGUGACCAUGCCUUAGACAUUCAGACACAUUUAGAGCAUAUCAAAAUGAGCAGCGUGCAGAUGUCAAGUUCAGUAUUUGCCUCGAUUGUGAAUGAAGCCGAGGAUCAUCCACAAUCAUUAACAUGUGAGUUUCUGUCAUGUGAAAUUAUCCCAGAAGAGGAGUACAAUAAAAUAAAGGGAUACAUAGAUGAUUCAGAAAUAGUUGACAUAUCGUAUGAGGGAAAAGAAACGAACAAAACAAUCAAAAUAAAAUUCACUUCGAAAACAAAACCAUCUCUUGAGACAUAAAUCCAGAGAGUUACGAAAAUGAAACCAGAGAAUGUGGACUGAUAUUAAAUGCUGAUUUCCUAGCUGUGCAACAUGAUAUCACAUUGACCAGAAAAUAUAAAUUAUCAGAGGCAGAAUCUAAUUUUUCUGUUAAAUGUCACAUGGUCUUUGUAUUAUAUACACAGUCAUUAUCAAUAGUAAUCAACGCAGUCUAUCUUUACUGUGUUUGAAUAACAGUUUAUGAGUGUGGAGUGAAAGGCGUUUUGAAAUGUCUGACUUUUUACACUGCUGUCCUCUAUGCUAAUGCAACGUGUUCUGGGACGUGUUCUAGGUAAGAUAUGACAGUCAUUAAAGAAACCGUGUAUGUUAAAGUUUCUUAUAUCUUAGUUUUAAAUUAAACCUAAUGUUUUCGGAUUGCAUUUGUACUGAAAAAAGCUUUUGUUGAUCUUA